CUGUCAAGGUACACUGUCAACACUCCCGUGACAUGGUACAUUCCAGCUGCAAAAGUCCACCCUCGCGCGUCACAGUCACAAAGAUUGCGAUGCGAUUCUCGUAAGUGGAAGUUGAUUCACAGAGCGAAAGACACCCUGGCUUCGAACAUUUGGGUGCGCCUAUGUCCUGCGGCUUCUCCCGGCAUAGCAAGGCCAGCGACGAUUUAUCUACCUGCAACGAGCUUGACAAUCUACCAUCCGAUUUGCUUGCUUUGACCAUUGUUCUUGGAAUGUCCUGUCCGUCUGAAUCUCACUGAUGCCCUUUGCUAUCUUUGCGAGGAUUCGAACCUAAUACUCGGAACACACCCAACCCAGGGCAGAACGUCUAAAUUUCCCCUGCAACUUUUGAGAGGGCCCGGGUGUUCUCUUAUAAAUCCACUCCACGCCUCUCAAGGGUCCCCGAGAGGCGUCCUUGUCGAGUCAUCAUCCAACACUUCACUCUCGUGAAUGGACGCCUUGGAUGUUGACUUCACCCCCCCAGCCUUGAUAGAAAUCCAUCCGAAAAUUAUCCUGCCCCAAAGUCUGACGGAUAGCUCUUGUUGGCUCAAGCCGUAAAAGUUUAGCAGAAGGUUCAAUACAAAAGAUCUGGGCCCCGGUUCUUAGAACCCACUUUGCCCUUCACUUUGUAUAAAUAUCUUGAGGCCAACGCUGCCACUCCGCUACCACUCCGCUACCCUUACCUUCACUGAGUCACCACUCUCUCUCAUAAGAGCAUUUAGAGGACCCUACCACACGAUAUCCAGAACCACCAAGCAACAUUUGGUUCUUGACAUACAGUAAUCAAACAAGGAGAGAUGACCAACAUGUCGACCAACGGUGUUACCUCCAGCCCCAAGCGGACCAAGAUCUGCGUCUACUGCGGCGCAUCCGCCGGCAACAACCCCAUCUACCUCGAAGCCGCGCGCCAGCUCGCCCGUAGCAUGGCCGCCAACAACAUUGACCUCGUCUACGGUGGUGGCACAGUCGGUCUCAUGGGCGAAAUCGCCAAGACCCUUGUUUCCCUGUCCGGCCCUGACUCCGUCCACGGCAUCAUCCCCGAGGCUCUGGUCCGGUACGAGCGCGACCCUCACUACACGUCCACCCAGGUGAGCGGCGGCCAGAAGGAUUCCGCUGCCGACGAGGAGGCAAAGGCCAAGAAGCUUCCCGUCCCUGAUGAGAACGUCUUUGGCCGAACGACCAUCGUCAAGGACAUGCACACGCGCAAGAUGAUGAUGGCGCAGGAGGUGUUAGCGGGCGGCCCCGGAUCGGGCUUCAUCGCCCUGAGUGGCGGCUACGGCACCAUGGAGGAGCUGUUCGAGACGGUGACGUGGAACCAGCUGGGCAUCCACGACAAGGGCAUCGUCCUGCUCAACAUCAACGGCUUUUAUGACGGUAUUCUGCACUGGAUCCAGAACAGCAUCCAAGAGGGAUUUGUGAACCAGGCGAAUGGAAAGAUCAUGGUGGAGGCGAAGAACCCGGAGGAUGCAAUCAAGGCGCUGAGGGAGUAUAAGGUGUCCGAGGCGGUUUUCAAGCUGAACUGGAGUGAUGAGUAGGCAUGGGGGGUAGGAGACGAGGGAAGAUCGUUUGCUUGAGGUUUCCCUUUCCUGCUUGGGAAAGCAGUUGCUGUUACCUUGCAUCGCGCAGCUUCUUUCUGGAUGGACGACGGCGUUCAGGGGUCCUGUUUCUCAGGCUGGGCCAUCAUUCUAAAGCUCUUAGUGUACCAGUUUGCUUGAUCGGUGGGAUUCGCGUCAUGAUGUCAGUAGACACAAAACAAUGCAUUAACAUAAAGGGGACUUGUUCAUCUCAU